GAUGUCCCGUCCGACCUCUUUCCGAUCUCCUUCUCUUCUUCAACCCGCAACCCGAUUUCUUUCCAUCGCAAUCCGGUCUCCCCUUCAGAAACCCCCAACUUUCCCUCCCCUCCAGUUUCAAAUUUCACUCCGCAGAACCAGAAAUCCCAAUCCUCACAGCUGCUCCGCCGUCUCCGACAGCUCACCCGUAGAACCCUCUCCGUCGCCGCCGACCAUCGUAUUUAUCAAAGGACUGUCUCUAUCGACCACCGAGUGAAAAUCAUAGUGGACAACCGAACGAUGGAGUCACUGGGAUUCGCUUAUGUGUGGUUUGCUAGCAAAGCGUCUGCCGAUCUCGCUGUGGAAGGAAUGAAUGGAAAGUUCUUUGAUGGCAGGUUCGUCCUAGUUACCAUUGCAAGGCCUGGUUCCUGCAAAAUCGACAGGAAUAAAACAGCAGCUCAUUUCAGGUUUUGAUUAUCAGCGGUGAAGAAGUUUUCAACGACAACGGCUCUAGGUUUGUGGCAACCGCCUCAAGGGCUGGUAAGUUCCACCUCCGUCAGAAUUUUCUAGUUUGGUACUUCCCUAGUCUGAUUUCUUUUGCGCCUUGUCGAGAAAUAUGGAAUCGCAAAAUUUCUUUCGUCCUAUUCUGUCGAAGUUUCUGAGGCCGGAAUGGUUUCCCGUUCAACGGAAGGCCGUUGAAAUUCACGGAGUUUCGCCAUGAUUAAGGAAGCGGGUUAGGGUUUUGAAAAUCACCGAGUUUCGCCAUGAUUAAGGCAGCGGGUUAGGGUUUUUGGUAUCCGAUGUUCGCCGAUCGAUCGCAUGCUGGGUUUAACGCCUUCCGGAAAUAUGACCCGAUCUUGUCUGAUGCAAUCUAUCUGGACAAUAACUUCUUUAGGACACUCGAUAUAAUUAGAUCAUUCGGCUUUUCCAAGGCUGGAUCUUGAUGGAAAAAGGUAUGAUGCUUCUCCGUACCCGUAAGCCUAAUGAUCUAUUGGUCCAUAUUCCUUUAUGUAUACUUGAAGCUGAAUAACAUAAUUACACAUGGGCUGACUGGUUUCUUAAGCUAUUAAUUGUCUGAGCUGCAUUGUAAAUAGAGAGUGUUACUCUUAGUUAAUAAUGAUGAAAAUCAUGCUUGGUAGCCAUGUUAGAAAGGUGUGAUAGUCCAGUCCCAUUAUCACUCAAGAUUGAGCUCGUCAAUUUGGCAUUUGAGUGCCCCCCUCUCCCCUAUCCUUUAUGUGGAAGCCCUAAAUUGUCUUACGGGGAACAUUGGAACGACCAAUAAUGAUAAAGUGAAUACUGAUUCUGUUUGAGAAUGAGAACUAAUGUUCUACAAGUGGUAUCCUAGAGGUGCCCGUCUAGUAGUUCUAGUUGUUCCUUGCUCCAUUUCACAUUCUUAAUCGUGAAGGGUCUUGUUGAAUGAUGGUCUUAAUGGAGUCAUGGGGGAGAACUUCGGAAUGAUUUUAUGAUUGAGAAAAAUACUUCGUAACACUCUUUUUUGGGACAAAUGACUUUACGCAUGACAAUUGUACCCCAUUGUGCCUCUCAAUUUGGCUGCCUGUUUGAUUGACUUGGUCGAGAAAAUACAUUGUGACCUAUGUUGUUUGAGAAAGUUAAUGAUUUGAAGUAGCGUCCCAGUGUCCCUCGUUCCAAUUGCCCUUCUGCUCCAUUUCAAAUUCACUAAUUAGGGGAGGAUUUUUAUAUAACCGAGACCUUAACAGGGUCCGAGAAAUGAAAUAUGUUAUGAUCAAACAACGUGAGAGUUAUAGUAAGCAUAAUCGUCAGUAUUGUUGUGCCUAUGUCCCGCCUUCCAGUUAUCCCCGGUUCAGAUUAUUAUCAAUACGCUAUUAGAAGGGAAUUAUGGUAUUAGAGGGGAAUCUACUGUUGCGAAACUAUUAAUAUGAUAAAUGCUACCUCACAUGGGUGAUUGGUUUGGUGAAUACUUGAUCAAGGUUCGUGGAUGAGAUAAUUUGAUGAGUGUCUUUGGCAAGCAAAUUGUUCUGGUGCUCAUUAUGAGGUAAAAUAUUCUGGUGCAGUUGAUUCUGAAUAUUCAGCUCUCCGGUGCUUUCCCUUGGUUUGCUAUUUUUUGUUGUGGCCUACAAGUGCUCAUUUUGUGUUCUUUAUGAUCGAG